AUGCAGGCUAAUUUGUGGUUCCAACAAGGAUGGGUGAAAUGUGUUAGUGGGAGAAAAAUCAACGAUAUAUUUGUUGUUCACGGCAAAGUACUACAUUCGUUCAACCUACGUGCUAGUCCACUAAAACCGUGGAUAUUAAUUCAUCAAACCGGAAAAAUUUUAGCAGCACAUUGUGAAUGUACCAUUGGACUACUAGAAACUUGUUCGCACGUUGGAGCAACAUUGUUUGCUCUUGAAGAUAUACAAAGAAAAUUUCUCAACAAACAGUCAUUAAGUGAACGGAAAUUGUUGAUAGAUAUAGUUUUUGAAAACAUGGCAAAUGACGAUGAUAAGUUGUUAAGAAUACGCCAACUAACUACAUCCCAAGCAGAUGGAGCUCAUUGGAUAGUUUUCCGACGUGGUCGUAUCACCGCCUCAGUGUUUAAAGAAGCCUGUCACACAAGUUUACAAUCACCAUCGAUUUCAUUAAUCAAGAAAAUCUGCUAUGAUAAUGAAAUCAUAGCCGCUAUUCAAUAUGGAAAGAAAAACGAAGCUCGUGCUUAUGAAAAGCUGUUUGCGAGUGUAUUUCAGUGUCACACAAACACCGUUAAAAAGAACUGGUCUCUCAGUCGAACUGGUCUCGUUAUACCCACUGAGCACCCAUAUCUCGGUGCAUCCCCUGACGGGAUAAUUGAAUGUGACUGUCAUGGAACAAUCGUGGUGGAAAUUAAAUGUCCAAACUCUGCGCGCAAUGACGAAGAUUUCACCGAUACACUCCUUCAUAUGACUAAUCCAUUCAUAUUAAUGAAUGAAAGAGAAGAAAUUGUGUUGAAUUGCCGGCAUAAAUAUUAUUAUCAGGUUUUGGCCCAAACUCACAUCUUUGCCGUUGCAACUCCAUUCAUCCAAGCAGGCGGGCAGGCAGGCUGGCAGGCAGCCGACACAUCAACAACAGAAGAGGAAAAGUCGUCCCUUAGUUCAGGAUGGCAAAACAGCGUUCGCUUCAUCCUAGCAUGGCCUGGUCUGGCCGCUAAGAACAAAGUAGCACCGAAUCGCACAUACGAACAACGGGCGACUGUCACACAUCCGGACCGGAAGGAAGUCACGCCAGUAGACAAUUUUAUCGAUUUCUACAACCUGGCUUACAAAAGUUGA